ACAGUGUGUUUGUGAUUUACUGUCUUCCGGUAAAUUUAUACACAGUUCGACGGUAUGCUUUCCCGAUCUUUCAUUCUUAUCGCUGCUCUGGCAGUCGUUCAGGUAGCCAAUGCAGAAUACCAACGUAUCAAAUUCACAGGUGAAGACAAUAUGUGUCUUGAACCAGGAUCGGGCACAUAUGCCUUCCAAGUUCAUCUUGCUGAAUGUAAUAACGACGACAUCCAAAAGUGGGAGUACAUCUGGGUGAACAAUUACAAGGAGUGGAGAAACGUGGGCCGCAAUUUAUGCAUGAGCCUUGUACCCGAAGAUGAUUACGAUCGCAGCAAGAACAACUACGCCACGCUCACCAAAUGUGCUACAGUUAACGUCCCGUACAUGAAGUUCCAAACUAAGUCCAAGCUUAUCGCACGUGACGUAGGUCAGUGCCUGGGUCCGUGCCCUGAGCCUGAUGAGAUGAAUUGUUUGUGCGGCCGUGAAGAUCCCCGUCUGGACCCCGGAGUUAAGGAUCCUUCUGAGGUUGUGGUGGUAGUUGAGGGUGAUGAUGGUGAGCAAGUCGAGGUGGAGAAUUUGUUAGUAGCUGCAGAUGAGGAUGGCUUACUUGUGGUUGAUGGUGAUGCUGACGUCCUUGUGUUGGAUGGAGCUGAUGGGAACGAUGGCACUCAAGUCACCGACGAUGAGGAAGAAGAGGAUGAGGACGAUGAGGGCCGUCGACGAACCGUAGUAGUAAUUGAUCCAUUCGAGGAUGUGUUCUCAUGGUGCUUGGCCUCCGGUCCCGACACAAGCUCAUACUAUAACAACGCAUUCGUAGUAGAGACAUUUGAAGAGAUUGAAAUUUCUGAGCCAACCGAGACAGAGAGUGGCACAACAACGGUUGUGAUAACUAUCACAGAGGCUCCCACCACCACACAACCCGUGGAAGCUACAAAUGAAGUCACAGUUACACAGGUCAUCAUUCAAACAGAGGUAGUCACUACUACGGAAACCGAAAUACAAGGAGGAGCCACGGAUUUCGUCACCAGUUCAUUCUUCUCACAAGGGCCAGUAGAGACGUUCUUCAGCACGAGUCUGUUCACCGCCCCCGUAGAGACGUUCUUCUCCUCGUUCUCGUCCGUGGGCGAGCCAGUAACGUUCUUCAGUUCGUUUAGUACAUUCGGAUUCUCGCAAGGCCCCACGCAGUUUUUCACACAGGCGGGUGAGACACAGUUUUUCACACAAGCGGGUGAGACACAGUUUUUCACACAAGUGGGUGAGACGCAGUUCUUCACGGGCGAGACAUCGUUCUUCACCUUCCCGGCAACAGAGGAAACGUUCGAUCCUUUCGGCAGGAAAUAGGCUAUAAUGUAGAUUAAUCUACUAACACGUAGAGUACAUAAUAGUAGAGAAAGGGAGGUAAGCUUCAGGUUUACUUUCGAACAAAAUCCCAAGAAUAUAGAAUGAACAGUCGGACGGGGCCUGUACCGCUGGCCAGGAUAACAAAGUUACAAAGACAUAGUACCGCACGGUCAGUAAAGAAACUGCUGUGGGACAAACGUAUGUACAAAUCUCGUAGUACAAAGUGGCGAACUCGCAUAAAAUAAAGACUAACCGCAAUUUACCAACAUGUUCAACGUUUCAUUUCUCGAAAAAAACAGACAAUAUUCAAACUGAUAUUCAAGUCCGAUGAAAAUGAAAUACUUACCUAGAGAACAUUCGUUACAAAGUACUAAAGUUUGCGCCGAAAGAGAACAAUGCUUCCACACGUGCUUCCAGUUAUGUUAUCCGUAUAUAGAAUAAAGUGGACGUAUUGGUAUACGAAACACUGGUGAUUGAAAUUUGUUAUAGCAUGUUUCUAUAUUAUAAGCUUCGAGUGUACAUUGAUUUUGAUGAUACGACGAUUCACUACUGGCACGUAAUAUACAUGUAAACAAUCAAAGGUAUUGCCCAUUCGAGACAUUUCUGAAAUUGUCGUAAAUUCGUGACGCAAUUUAUAUUUUUUUUAAAUUUGUCAUAUUGUCGAUAGACAAGCACACUUUUCGAGAUCUGGAACACAUAUUCAACACUGUAAAUAGAUGGAUGUUUUACCUAGCUUAAUAUGCACCUGUCCACAAUUUCUUACAAAAGUGCUGGCAG